GCCGAUCGGGGCGAGGCUCGGUGACGUUGCAGACGGGGGAGGGUCCUACCGUCCCCCAGCGUUUCAGGUCUCCCUGACUUACCAAAGCCGAGAUGGGCGUGGCCAUGUCCCGCUUCCUCCCCGCUGCGCCAUUGCGGCAUCGCUUCUCGGCCUUUUGGCUAAGACUGCGAUCGCCUCUUGGAGGUUUCUUGGCUUUGGUCAUUCAGUGGCUUGAGUCCCAACUUUCAGGAGGUACAUUGGCUGCGCCUUUUAUCUGGACAACUUGGUUUCCAAGGAAUCUUUUGGUUUUAAGCCCCCCACGGAAAUUCUUGGCGAGGUUGGAGAGGACGGUUUUUUACUUCCUGUGGGGGUCUAAGUGGGAGCGCCUUAAGAGGGAAGUUGUCAAAAGAAGACCAGAGAAUGGGGGGAAAGGACUCCCAGACCCCCACCUGUUUUUAGGCAGCCGUUUUACCUCUCUUCAUAUCAGAUAUGCAGUGACCCCAUCCAGCGAAAACAAGACAGCAGCUAUGACCAGAUUCUGGAUGGGGUCCUACCUCAGAACCCUAAAGAUUUUACCAGUAGACCUGAAAUGCCCAGUGUCUUUUAACCUACCUAAAGAGUAUAGUUUUAUCAAAAAGUUUUUAAAGAAAUAUCUUUUAGAACAGCAUGAUGUCACCAUUUUAACUAAUCACAAGUCUCUUAUCUCUGUUGUGCAGGACCGGGAACUGGUGAGUCCAAUUCCGGGCCUCACACUAAGUGAGGCCAAACAAGUUUGGCGGAAUGCGGCUCACCCCGCUCUCCAGAACAGGCACAAGGACUUAUCGUGGAUGGUGGCUCAUGAGAUCCUCCCGGUCAGGGCGGUUAUGCACUCCAGAGGCAUGGCCAAAAACCCCAUCUGCCCUCGGUCCGGUUGCAAUUCCCCGGAGACCGUCCACCACCUGCUCUGGGAGUGCAGCACUGCGCGGGACCUGUGGGCCAGAACCGGCCCCCUGUAUUUCCCGUGCCUACCAGCGGGUGGGGCCCAUUUCGGGUACCAGCUCGCCAUCCUUGGGGUGGGCCGGGGCUUGAAGGACUUGUCGGCACAGGAAUUUACCUCGCUCUGGCUCACCCUCAACGUCAUCAAGGAUGCCAUCUGGGCCACCAGAAACCUGCUGGUGGGGAAGCGCGUUACGGUAACCCUCCAUGCAUGCGAGCUAAAGGUAACAUCAAUGCUGCAGGGGUACCGGACGACGAUAUUCGGACGGGGGGGCCGGGGUCACACGGAGAGGGUCCCGGCAGGCACCGACCCUGGCUGCCCGUAG